CACGUACCUGAGUUUCGGUGAGGGAGAGGGGAAGGGCUCGCGCUCGUGGAAAACAUUAGCUCGCAGCACUUGGUGCGCGACAAGCGGCGGGUUUGUGGCGGAUCUCAGGGCAGCGAGUGCAAGUUGGAGUCUUUCAUGGUGACUGGCAGUCGAGGAGUGCGCGCGGCUUCUGGAGGGAAACAAGUGCUUUGGCUCCCUGGUGCUCGUCGUCUGGCCGAGGACGAGGAAGAAGUUGGACUUCCUGUUUCGCCGCAGUGACGACGAUGUCUGUGACUCCUCGCCGAGUCCGACUGAAGCCGUGGCUGGUGGCCCAGGUCAACAGCGGCAGGUACCCGGGCUUGGAGUGGAUCGACCGGGACGUCAUGCGCUUCAAGAUCCCGUGGAAACACGCCACCCGCCACACACCCCAGCACGAGGACGAAGACACCAUAUUUAAGGCAUGGGCCGUGGAAACGGGGAAGUUCCAGGAGGGAUCGGACGAACCCGAUCCUGCCAAGUGGAAAGCUCAGCUACGUUGUGCCCUCAACAAAAGCAGGGAAUUUAAACUCAUCUACGAUGGAACCAAGGAGGUUCCUAUGAACCCGCUGAAGAUUUAUGACGUCUGUGAUAUUCCUCAACCGCUCAGUAACCCAGGUUCCUCGGACGCUGGUUCCUGGACUCCAUGUGAUGAAGACGGGAUUGAGGAAGACAUCCCGGACACCCCGGAGUCUCUUCCACCGUACCCCUCCAAUGGUGCCAGUCCAGCUCCGCUCCUGCUCUGGUCUCCCCCGGGCUCGGACUCUUCCAUGCAUCCUCCCAGUUGCGCCUCCUCUAAUGGCGUCUGGCCCAAAGAAGAGCCGGUUGAAACCUGGCCCAAACAGGAGCCCGUAGAUGUGGAGAUGCAGAGCACCCCCAUGGUCCCCGUGCCGGAUCCUUCCAUGCAGCCCACAACUCUGUCCGACUCUUUAUUUGCUUCCCCAGAGAUGUGGAUCAGCUCUCUUCCAAUGACCGACCUGGAGGUUCAGUUCCAGUACCGUGGGAAGGACAUGUGUCCAGCCAUCACCGUCAGCAACCCUCAGGGCUGCAGGCUGUUCUUCGGAGACCUGGGUCCAAUGGUCAACCAGGAGGAGCUGUUCGGACCCCUCAAUCUGGAGCAGCUGCGCUUCCCGUCCACAGAACACAUCACCAACGACAAGCAGAGGAUCUUUACCAACCGGCUGCUGGACGUGAUGGACCGAGGCCUGAUCCUGGAGGUCAACGGUCACGACAUCUACGCCGUGCGUCUCUGCCAGUGCAAAGUGUACUGGUCCGGCCCGUGUGCUCCCAAUCCAGCUGCGCCUAAUCUCAUCGAGCGACAGAGGAAGGUGAAGCUCUUCUGCUUGGAGUCUUUUCUCAGCGGAGUCAUUGCUCAACAGCGUGGGCAGGCAACCACGCCUCCCCCCUUUGAAAUCAGCCUCUGUUUUGGGGAGGAGUGGCCUGAUGGAAGACCAAGAGAGAGGAAGCUCAUCAUGGUUCAGAUCAUUCCUGUGGUCGCGCGCAUGAUCAGCGAGAUGUUUUCUGGAGACAACACCCGAUCCUUCGACAGCGGAAGCGUUCGCCUCCAGAUCUCCAUCCCCGACAUCAAGGACAACAUAGUGACCCACCUGAAGCAGCUGUACUGCCUGCUGCAGACUCACAAUGGUCAGGAGAGCUGGGUGCUGCCCCCGGGCUCGGGCAUCAAUAUGGCCCAGGCCCUGCAGGCGCAGUGAUGAUCGUCUGAUACUGGUUAGGAAGUACUCGUGUGUAGUGGUAUUUAGAGGAUUUACUGUGGGCUUUCACUUGCUGUAUUGUGUGUACAAACAUGGUGUGUCUGAAUUGUAAGGACAGGAGGCGAUGACCUCAUUGCCAAAGUCCGCCUGGCUGCAGGAGAAUAUUUAACCAAGUGAAUGAGUUACAGAAGUCGCCCUGUGCUGUGUUUGUCUCAUGUGGCUGAGCCAUCACCUCCACAUCAGCCUUGAAGGAAACCUAAUACCUAAGUGCCUUGUUAGGCUUAGGUGACACAACAGUGCUCCAGCAGCUUCAGUGCUUCUCCACGUGUCAGAUAUUUGAACAAAUGAAUUCAUUAGCCUGUGUUGCCUCUCUGUAUAUACUGAUAUUUAGAGUUUCACUUCGUAGCCAUUUAGCCAAACGACAUUCAGCUUUGUGGAUCUGUACUCAAAUGGAUGCUACUGCACUUUAGGUGCUGAGUUACGUUUUUAUUGGCUGGUUGAAUGUGUGUAUGAUUGUCGUCUGUUUAUUUUAUCAAUAAAAAUUUCCAAAGUCGCUCAUUUAUGUCUUGGCUCCACAUCUGUCAUUGUAUCUCAGGAGUAACCUGAGUGUAAAGGGUUUGAAUGACAUUUCUAUUCUGUUUAUAUGUUCACUUUGCUGAAUUGGAACGUUUCACCCCAACAAUAUAUUCUGCUUAUU